AUGAAUAUCGAUGAAGAUAUUAAUCCAUUUGCUGAUCCAUCAAUUCAGCAAGCAACACAGCAGACAUUUACAAAUCAACAAACACUCAAUGAUUAUAAUCCAUUCGGGAAUACAACUGUUGGAUCAAAAGUACAGUUGAUUGAACCAACACAAAUAAAUGCAACACCUUCUUUGCCAGCUAGUCAACAACCGCCGGCAUAUGCAACAGCAACAAUACCUAAUACGAUUCCACAAACGACUCGUGUUGAUCUUACUCAGCUUGAACGACAACAAGCAGAACUUGAACAACGUGAAAAACGUCUUAUGGAACGUGAACGUGAAUUAAGAAAUUCACAAGUUACACAUCGUGAUAAAAAUUUUCCACCGUUACCAGCUUGGUUUCCACUUCGACCAUGUUUUUAUCAGGAUAUCAAUGUUGAAAUCCCACCUGAAUUUCAAAUAUGGGUUCGUUAUCUUUAUUAUCUAUGGUUAUUAUAUGCGGGUACAUUGGCUUUGAAUAUAAUUGCGGCAUUUGCUUAUCUUAUGGUUGAUAAAAAUGGUGUAUCUACAUUUGGUUUAUCCAUAGUAUAUUUUAUACUAUUUAUUCCAUGCUCGUAUGUUUGUUGGUUUCGACCAAUCUAUCGUGCAUUCAGAUCUGAUCGAUCUGUUGAUUUUAUGAUCUUUUUUUUUAUAUUCUUCUUUCAAAUAUGCAUAUCCGUUUUCAUGAUAUUGGGUUGGCAAAAUUCAGGUUUUUGUAAAAUUAUUGUUGGUCUUAUUGUUAUGAUUGUUACAUUAAGUUUUGGUUUUAUUGUUCUUGCUGAUGCUUUGUUAUUAAUUAAGGUUCACCGAUUAUAUCGGCAAUCCGGUGCUACACUUGAACAAGCUCAACGAGAGUUUCAAUCGGCAUUUGUAAACAAUCCAACUGUACGUGGAGCAGCUCGUGAAGCAGCUACAGCUGGUAUUAAUGAAACACUACGUAGUAGUAGUUACAAAUAA